AAAACAUAGUCACACGUCUCGAUCUUCAAUAAUUACCGUCUCGAGUCAGCUCUUUCCUUUUCAUCUUUUUGCUGCUUAUGCGGUUGAAUCACUAGUGAUCAACACAUUAUGGCCAAGAAGGUAGUCGUCGUAGACGAAGUCGAUACCGACGUCGAGACUCGCUCAUAUCCCCGCUCUCGCAUCGCGAAGAUACCUCGAUCGGUCCGAUUUUUGCUCGUUAUUCUCAGCAGCCUUCUCUUGAGCUCUAGUCUUCUCACCGUCUUUUCGCUACAAACAGCUGGGCAUCUCGCGGGCAUCAGCAAGCAUUUGGAGGAAUGGUGGGAGAUUGCCGGGCUUAUACUCUGGAGAGCUACUGAGCUAGGUUUGGCUUGGGUAUUUGGGUUUGAUGGCUGGGAUGUGACCGAGCUGACACUACUUACUCACGCGCCCAUCUACUUCCUCCUAUUUAACUUCUAUGGCGUUGAACCCUCAGCUGUUGCGAUCACCUUUGCCAUUGAAAUCGUGUCGAUGACUAUUCCAUUUGUUCUAUUUCGGGGUCCCAACUCGGUGCACGCCUUGUCAAGCCCUCGAGGCGCACAAGUUGCCAAUCGCGAUGUGCUGGAGGAUCGUCUGACUACCCUCUACACAUCUGUUGCCGCAGCUGCUAUUUAUGCGGUUGUCCUUUCUCUCAGCUUCUACACAUGGCUACCAGUUCACCUGGUCUUAUACUUUGAUGAAAUCAGAGAUAUCAGACUGGUGCAUGCUGGCGCUGCCGGAUUCCCGUCAGUGCUCGUAAGUCUCCUCCCUGCUGGAUACGCAGCGUAUGACCUUCUAUUUGCGAGCUCAGCUGGCUGGUCUGCAAAGCCAGACAGCACAAAGAUGGCGGUUCCUGAGGGGGAGUAUCUCAUUACCUCUUUGUAUAAUCGGACAUGGGGGAAAAUAUCGCCAAAGGGGAAAAUUUUGGCUAGCCGUUCUCUGAUUUUGGCAACCAUGACUCUUCUGAACACGAUCAUCGCAGGAACUGGGUCAAUUAAAGGCGUUGAGUUGAUGGGGUCUGUUGGUUGGGGCUCUUUGUGGGCUGGUGCGUCUCUAGUCGUCAGUUCCUUAUUUGCUUGGGUCGAGGGAGUACCAGGCGUUUAAGCAUUUUGCUCUACAUUGUGGUUGGGGGUGUUGGUCUUUAGGGGGUAAAGGAUGAACGUUAUGAGUGGAACUUUUCUCGGUUUACAUUCUUACUGAUACCCGAUUCGAGGUCUCUUUUGACUGGUUGAUGGGUGCUGUGGAACUGGGCUUUUUAUCGGUUUUUCUCGUAUGGAAUACGAUUUUAUCAUGUGCUUUUUUUCCCUUUCGGCGAGCUGUGGCAGGCUGUUCUUUACUUCUCCAUCCUUGACGGAGUACAGUCGAUAUUUCCUUUCAGCUAGUGGUGUGUCAUAUCCCUUUCGGGUUCACUUCCGUGCAUAUAUUUGG